CUUUAAACGCGGUCUGUUUAAUUGAACACGUCAGGGGUAGAGCAGUGACGGUCCUUGGAAAUAGGGACCGGGACAGGAGCUCCAUAGAAGGGGUUCUCUCCAGGUUCACCACCGCAGCCUUGAGCUUUGUCCAGAACAACAUCUCCAUAUAACCGAUUGCCAUUCGACUUGACCUCCACACCACCAGCCAAUUCCCAUAUUAUGCCCGUCUAAUUCCAACCAAAAACAUUGUCAAGAUGUGGAUUCUGCCUCUUGUUGGCUAUCUCGGCUCCAUCGUGGGCUUCUGUUUCCUGACCUUAGCUAUUGCCUCGGGUCUAUACUAUCUGUCCGAAGUCGUCGAAGAACAUACUGUAGUUGCUAAGCGCUUCCUUACGAAACUCCUCUACACCAUCAUCGUCAUCCAGCUUCUACUAUGCCUCGUCGACCGAUUCCCCUUCUUCCUGACACUGCUCAGUGUUGGCUCCCAUGUCGUCUACUUGGGUAAUAUGCGGAGGUUCCCCUACGUCAAAUUGACAGACCCGCUGUUCCUGUUGUCAUGUGGCCUCGUUCUUGUCAACCAUUACCUGUGGUUUAAGCACUUCUCGGGUCACCAAGAGCGUGCCUACCAAAACAUGACUUCGUACUACGACAUGCCAUCGAAUGUUCCAACCUUUACCGAAAUCGCGUCCUACUUCGGCAUCUGCGUAUGGCUGGUUCCCUUCGCUCUCUUUGUCAGCUUGUCUGCAAGUGACAAUGUCCUGCCCACGAUGGGUAACGAGGCCUCUUCGAGCGGUGGCGCUGGCGGCGUUGGUAGCGAUGGUACAAGGGCAAGACGAGGACAGGGCCUGAUUAAGUCCGUUGUGGACAACAUCCUAGGAGCUGUGGGAGGAGUCACGUCCACAGUGGGCUGGAAGAAGUCCGACGAUCGGCUAUAGGAGGCCUAGAGAACUGUGAGAAAGAGGAGGGCCAGUUAUCAUUAAUUGCAUAUGGAUAUCGAGCAAAAACAAGCGUCUUCAUCCUGCUUCGUCCUUCCCCUAUCUUCAUCAAUCGUCCAGCGAAUGAGCAGCUCUCUUAUACUGUUUGACU